AUGGAUAAAGACCCCACCAAUCAGACAGCAGUCAAAGAAUUGAUCCUCCUGGGAUUUGGUGAUAUCUGUGGUUUUCAGAUCCUUCUCUUCUUUGUAUUUCUAGUGAUCUAUGUCAUCACCAUGGCUGGGAACCUGCUGAUUGUUGUUUUGGUUGCAGCUCAUCGGCAUCUUCACACUCCCAUGUAUUUCCUCCUAGGGAAUUUGUCUUGCUUGGAAACUUGCUAUAUCUCCACCAUUUGGCCCAGAAUGCUUGACAGUUUCCUCACUGGGAACUGUUCCAUGCUGCUGUAUUCUUGUUUUACACAAUUAUAUUUCUUUGGGGGCUUGGCCACAGCAGAAUGUUAUCUCCUUGCAGCCAUGUCUUAUGAUCGUUAUCUGGCCAUAUGCAAGCCGUUGCAUUAUGCAACCCUUAUGGAUGUCAGAUCCUGCCUGCUGUUAGCAAGUGGUUCUUGGGUCAUUGGAUUCAUGGUUAACUCAGUAACAACCUAUUUUAUGACUCACCUGGUUUUCUGUGGACCUAACAAAAUUGACCAUUUCUUCUGUGAUUUUACACCACUCCUUCAGCUCUCUUGUAGCAACACCCUCAACAUCCAACUACUGAUAUUUAUUCUGUCCGCCCUGUUUGGAUUGCUCCCUUUUCUUUUAACCCUCGUUUCCUAUGGCUACAUCAUAGAAACCAUUUUAAGAAUUCCAUCCUCUGUUGGGAGGAAGAAAGCAUUUUCCACCUGCUCAUCACAUCUCAUUGUGGUUACUCUUUUUUAUGGAACAAUAGUCAUUGUUUAUGUGGUACCCAAAAACAACACACUCCGAGAACUGAACAAAGUUUUCUCUGUCUUUUACACUCUCUUGACUCCGCUGGUGAACCCUUUUGUAUACAGUCUGAGAAAUAAAGACAUUAAACAAGCUUUGAACAAAACUGUCCGACAUUUUGUUGGUUCUUCAUAA